ACAAACAAACAACAGAUGGAGGACUUCCUGUGGAGGAGCAGCGCUGCAGCGACGACCAGUUUCCAUGGUAACCCGAGGGUCCAUGUGGUCCUGGGCAGCGAGUCGUGCGACCUGGACUCCGUGGUGUCAUCGUUGGCGAUGGCCUACUUCCUGUCCAGGACAUCAUCGGGUCUUUCAGGAAGUUCUCUUGUUCUUCCAGUUCUGAAUAUUCCUCGUUCACAGUUCCACCUGCAAGCCGACGUCCUCCUGCUGCUGAGAGAGUCCGGUAUCACCACAGAGAGCCUGGUGUUCAGAGACCAGGUGGAUCUGGCCCGUCUCCAUGGCGAGAGGAGGCUGGUGCUGACCCUGGUGGACCACAGUGUCCUGCAGAGUACUGACAGCUGCCUGGAGGGGGCGGUAGUCGAAGUCAUCGACCACCAUCAGCUACAGAGGACCGCCUCCUUCUUCUGUCCGGUCACCGCGGAGACGGUGGCGUCCUGCGCUACCCUGGUAACAGAGCGGAUUCUGUCCAGUGCGCCUGAGAUCCUGGACAGACAGCUGGCUCUGCUGCUGUACGGUGUGGUGGUCAUGGACAGUGUGAACCAGGUGGGAGGAGGGUCAGUCAGAAGCCGUCAGAUGCUGCGGCGGCUGCAGAAGCAGUUUCCUGACCUGCCUCAUGGUGGCGCUCUUCACACCUCGCUGCACACAGCGAAGUUUGACCUGUCAGGUCUCUCCACAGAGCACAUCCUCCUGAAGGACAUGAAGCUGGUUGCCGAGGGCGACGUGAGAGUGGCUGUCAGCUCCAUCUUCUUGAGUCUGGAGUCGUUUCUGGGCAGGAAGAACCUGCAGCAGGAGCUCCAGGACGUCUGUCUGUCACACCAGCUGGACGCUGUGGUCGCCAUGACAAUCUCCUUCAACGACCAAUCAGAGAAGCCGGUCAGGCAUCUGGCGCUCUACAGCCAGAGCUCCCGGUACAGGAGACAGAUUAGCCACGCCCUUUUAAACAGCUGGAGCCCCUCCCCCUGCCUCUCACCUGUCAGCAGCCCAUAUAAGGAUAUCCUGGCCUAUCACCUUGGUGAUGCUCUGGCCUCUCGCAGUAAACUCAUUCCUGUCCUCACACACUUCCUGUCUGAUCGCUGGCAGAGAGAGAUGCAUUGUGGGGCAGAUGGCGGGGAGGAGUCAGAGGACCCCCUGGACCAAUCAAUGAUGAUCAGUGAAGAAUCGUCAGCUGACUCCGCCUCUGGUCACCAGCACUGGCUGCAGCUGGAAGCAGAGGAUCAUGGGAUGGCAGACGAGCAGACCGGCGGCCGCAUGAUGCCGCCAGCGCCGAUGAACAGUUUGGUGGACGGCUGUCCGCUGGACGGCGUCUUCAACCAGGAGGCGUUACUGGAGAAGUUCAGAUGGAUGGGAGGAGUCGAGGAGGAGGACGGCCGUCAUCCAGAACACGUCUGAUACUGAUACUGGAUUUAACAAACGUGUGCUGAAAGAAGUCAUUAUUUAGUGGACAUAAAAAAGAAAAACAUUUUAAAAUUAUUUACUUUAACUUGUGAGAGAAACGGGAGCAAAAAACAAAGUGUUGCAUUUAUAUUUCUGUAUAUUUAGUGAAGUAUUUACAGUUUGUUUCAGGUUUCUUCUAAUGAGCCCACAAUCUUGCAGGUUUGAAUCUUAUGUUCAAUAAACUUGU